AUGGCUUCAUCUUUCACGCCUAUGAGUUUGAAUCCAUACUCGAGUUUCAGAUCAGCAUCUAAUGGAGAAAUCAACAGCACGAAGAAGAUCAUGAUCAAGAUGAACAUGAUCACGCCUUCUUCGAAGGACGGGACUCCUUUGAAGGCAAUGAAAUUCAAGGGCACGCAGAUGAGAGAGAAGAAACUGACGGAGAUGAUUGAGCAGAAGGUGGUGGAGGCGAAUCAAGUGUGCGGCGAGGACGAGACCUCCGACGAGUGCAAGGUGGCGUGGGAUGAAGUGGAAGAAAUCAGCCAAGCGAAGGCCGAUCUCCGCCUCAAGCUGGAGAAAUUACAUCAAGAUCCACUCGAGUCUUUCUGCCAGGAGAAUCCCGAGACCGAUGAGUGCCGUAUUUAUGAAGAUUGA